AUGCAGAUCACGUUUCUGAGUGUUUCUGUUGCAACAUUGCUACUGGCAAUUCCUUGCUAUGGAGACAGUUGUAUAUCGGGAAUAAAUCAUAAAGCAAUGCCUAGUCCUGAACCAGACAUGAGGGAGUGCCAACUGUAUUCGCAAUCUUCAUGUUGCUUUUCUAACUACACUGAACAACUGGCUGUAUCCCCAGUCAUUAAGGUAUAUAAUACAUAUUGGAACAGAUGUGGUCAACUGAGUUCAAGAUGUGAGGAGUAUAUGAAGAAAAUAGAUUGUUUCUACCAUUGCUCACCUCAUGCCUUCAACUGGAUCAAUCACAAUAAUUCAUAUUCAAUUCUUGCAGCUCCAAUCUGUCAGAGCUUUUGUGAUGACUGGUUUGCAGCUUGCAGAAAUGACCUGACCUGUGCCAGAAAUUGGAUUUCUGAUUGGGAAUGGGAUGAUCAUGGAAAUAACUGCAGAAAUGAAUGUAUUGCAUACCAUCAGAUGUACAAGAAUGGAAAGGACCUCUGUAAUAAUAUGUGGGGUGUGACAUUCAAUGUGACUUCAUAUCCAUGUCGUUGUCUGAUGAUGGAUGAUGAUGACAGUGAUAUGAUCCAACAAAUGAUCCUCAGUAGAGGAACACCAGCUCCAGGUGAAAUGCAUACAGAACUUGCGCAAGUACCUUUCUGUCAGCGAAGGCUCAAAAAUCUGAAUGAAAGGCAAGAUGUGAAAAAGUAGGAAAAAGGGAUACAAUAGUUUACAGCACUGCAAAGAACCGACUCCACUGCUGCUGAUCAUGGAUAUACUUAAAGAAAAAGGCUUAAUAUUUUGAACAGC